GGUGGGAUAUUCUCUAUCCAUGAUGUGCUUCGUCUCCGAUCGCAGCUUCUGGAUUCUUUUACUCGCAGUUCUUAAUUCCGGCGAUGCUGUGACAGGGAUUCUCCAAUCUUCAAAAUGAUCGCUAAUGUCAAAUCCAGCGGAUAUCCGUCUGCUGCUUCUUCUCUCUCUUCCGUUCGAUCCUUAGCGCCAAUACGGUUCCCUUCGCUACCACGUACCGUUCGUUUCGACGGUUCUGGAACUUCACGGCGGCUCCAGGUACUCGCCAUGGCUGUGAAGCGGAGUCCUAAGCGCCUCAAGUACUCUGCUCCACGCUUCACCAAGGAAGGGAGCUUGCUAUAUGUCAAAGCUGAAUCGGAAGAGGAUGCUUGGAAAUUAGAACCCAUAGUAGAUCUUCUAAAAGAAGGCGCAGUUGGGGUUAUUCCUACGGAUACAGUGUAUGCAAUAGUUUGUGAUUUGAAGAACCCCUCAGCCAUUGAACGAAUGCGAAGGAUCAAGAAUAUAGAGCCUUCCAAGCCUCUAAGUAUUUUGUGCCACUCUUUCCGGGACAUCGAUAAAUAUACUACAGGGUUUCCCUGUGGCGACGGCCAAGGCCAUUCAAAUAUAUUUCGCAUGGUUAAGCAUUGCCUACCUGGACCAUAUACCUUCAUCUUAACUGCAAGCAAAGAACUGCCUAAACAGUACAUAGGGUACGGCACAACCACUGCAAAACAUGCUGCAUCAAGGAAGAAUGUCGGUGUGCGCAUUCCCGAUGAUGCAAUAUGUCAAGCAGUACUGGAAAAGACGGAUGCCCCAUUGAUAUCCACAAGUGUCAAAUGCUUGAAGGAAAAUGAGUGGUUGCUCGAUCCAGUUGUCAUAGCGGAUAUCUACGGGAAAGAGGGUCUGGAUUUUGUGGUGGAUGGUGGAGUGAGAGUGGCAGAUCCAUCCACCGUAGUAGAUAUGACUAUCACUCCACCAAAGCUUUUGCGGCAAGGGAAGGGAGCUAAACUGCCAUGGAUGGUAGCUGAAGGUGACGAUGGACCACCCACCGAGUGACGAUAUCCGAAUCGGGUCUGCCAUUUUGUGGAUAACCCGCUUCACAAAUCACAUGGAAGACAAUCCAGUUCCAGUUAACAAACAAAUCAGCUGGAGUUUGUACAGCGUGUUGUUCUUGGGAUGCAGAAAGGGGCUUUGCUUCCUUUCAACGUUGAAGACCAGAUGCGCCCAUGGCUGCUUUGUCUUUCAGGUUUUUCUCAACUCGAAAAAUUAUCAUCUCUAUAACUACGUUUCGAAUUUCGAAUUAACACUUCUUCAA